GGACAGUCAGACACAAACAGCUGGACAGUCAGACACAAACAGCUGGACAGUCAGACACAAACAGCUGGACAGACAGACACAAACAGCUGGACAGUCAGACAGAUACGAGCUCCUAAGAAUGUUAGCUAGUCUCUUUAUACCCGGUAACAGAAACAAGUGAACUUUUAAAACAUGACAACAGGUUGAGAAGACGCUGGUAAAGACUGGACUUACUGCUGUGAGGAGCUGAAGGUGUGUGCAGGAGACGAGACAACACUUGAGUCAGUGAGACAGAAAGAGAGGAUGAAGAGUGAAAAAAGGACAAGACACCUGAUGAAAAGCGAAGUCAGAGUCCAGGUGGAGAGGGGCGGAGUCAGACAGGCCGUCAGAGGAGUACUGAACAGGUCAGCAGGACGCUCUGGCCUCAGCAGCUGGAGGAAGGUGAGAGGUCACCUGCUGGCGGGGGGGCGGAGCCUCGUGCCGUUUGUCUCCGGGCUGCUGCUGGCGUCGCUGUACGGAGUCACGGCUCUCUUCCUGCAGAGACAGCCGCUGUGGCUGUGCGUCUACACCACGCUGGCCUUGGCCGUCCUGGCCGCCUUCGGUAUGGGUCUGUCAGCCGGCGUCCGGGCCGACGUCUUGGUCCUGCUGCCCUCACUGUGCUCGGCUCACGGCAGGAACUUCCUCCUCUUCCUGUUUGCCUCGGCGCUGCUGUCUGGUCCUCUCUCCAACACGUUAGAAAACACGGAGCGAGCCGCCGCCAGUCUGCUGUGUGGAGCCGAGCUGGCAGCCAAUCAGACGCAGGAACUGAUGCAGAGAGCAGCCACGCCCCUUUACUCCGUGUUGGACAGAAUCAGAGAGAUCUGCAGUAACGUUCACUCUGUGGCAGGAAGAGUCCAGAACCUCAUCCAGUCUCUGAGCGACAGCGUCCGCCAUGUUGCUCGCACUCUGAGGAACGUCCUCCACUUCCUGGUUGACAUCGGUGACGUGUGUAACGCCAAGCUGGGCUCUCCGUACAGGAAGUGCCGGGCGGUGUUCGCCGAGGCUCGCGCCGACUGCUCCGACCUGCUGGGAGAGUUCAACUUCCUGUGUGACAUCGUGGACGGCUUCCUGCCGCUCUGCAACCUCGCCCGCGCCGGCGAGCUCUUCUGCAUCAUCCCCUCCUACAUCGCCAGCCAUCUGAAAAAACGCCUGGCAGCUCCCACCGUUGCAGCGUUCGAGCGAAUGAAGCGGGAGUUUGACUUCAACAUCGCGGCCUCGGCGACCUUUGACCUGGACACCAACAGCAGCCGCUCUCUGCAGCAGGUGUCUCAGGACAUCAUGGAGGAAGUUUCAUCCCAGCUGCAGGUGCUUCAGAAGCUGAGCGAACCGCUGGCGUACGGCGGCCUCGUCCUGCUCGCCUGCUCCUUCCUGAGGGCGGUGUGGUACAGACGCAGGUAUCUCCACGAGGUUGACUUUGAUAACGUCUACAUCAGCGCUCAGUUUGAAGAGCUCGACCAACAGGUGACCUCAGGGGGCGGAGCCUCAGUCCUGCCAAUCACACGCAGAGAGGCCAAGAUCUACAUCACACCAAUGUCGUUUUACCUGACGACCCAAGAGCGGCAGGCAGUGAUGGUGGGCGUGGCCUCGGUCUUCAGACACCUGGUGAUUGGCGGGCUGCUGGUGGCGCUGGACUUCCUGGUGUUCUGGAUGCUGGAUCAGGUGCACCACCAAGUGAAGGGGGACGUAGUGGCCAGAGCUCCGGUCGUGGUGGCGGUGCAGGUGAACGGAUCGGGUUAUGCCUCCGAGAUCUUCAGAGACGUGGUGGCCUCGUUUAACGUCCUGCAGGGAAGAAACAUCACAGUGAUCAGCAGGAAGUGUCUGCUGGAGCCGUCAGAGCCGAACUACACCACGUGUUUCGUCCUAGGGUUCCUGCUGGGUCUGGCUCUGCUGGUCUCUCUGACCGGAGGAUUCGUGCAGCGCUGCAGACGACUCGUCUGUGCUUCAUAUCAUCCAGAGAGAGAGCUGGAGAGGAUCUGGUUCCUCCGGCACCAGAUCCUGGAUCAGAGGAGGAUGGUGGGGAAAGCCCUGAGGAGGUCUGCAGCCAGGAGCCGAGCUGACCGAGGAGGAGGAGGAGGAGGAGGAGGAGGAAGGAGUCGCCUCCAAACGCUCCUGCUGCGGUUACCUGGAGGCGUUCACCUGUCUCACCUGCUGGGUCUGUCAUCAGUCAGCUGUCUGACUUGUGGUGAGGCGGUGAGACAGGAGGAGGACAACAUGGCCGCCUGUGACGUCCCACAGUGUUCAGGCCUGUACUGUCGGCCAUGUUUUCAGAGUUUAGGAAACACAUGUGUCGUCUGUAUGCGACCUCUGACCUUCCAGGAAGACGGCGAGGAGGAGCUUGACUCCAGCGAUGACGAGCAGCUGAGUUUGUGGUCUGCAGCUCUGAACUCGACUCACGUCACCGACCGCAGCGCCAGGAAACUGAUGAAGAGGACGAUCUCCAUGGCAACGCGCCGAAGACCGACCGAACGCUCAAACAGCCGAGUCGGAACAGCAAACGAUGGAGCAGAAAGCGACAGCAGCGGCCACUCUGACUCUGAGCUCAGUGAAGCAGACAUGACGUACCAGGACCGAUCCGGGUCAGACGACAGCGACGCCUCCUUCUACUCCAUCACCGCUGCGAAAACCUGCGGCCUCCAGGACCAGACCCUCCAAACAGUCAUCAUACACACACCUGACCUCCAGGACCCUCCGGGACUCUCCAGGACCCUCCAGGACCCUCCAGGACCCAGUCCCCAGGAUCCUGAUUCAGAACUGUCUGUCAGUUUGAGCAGAGGUUUCAUUUUGUAAUUAAAGUUUUUAAAGCAUGAAA